CGCAGUGGCACCCGCCGAGGUGACAGACUGCGCACCUGGAAAGUUACCCGGCUGCUCGGUCCACGAGCAAAAUGGGAAAUGGUUCAGUGAAACCCAAACAUUCCAAGCAUCCAGAUGGCCACUCUGGGAACUUCACCAAUGAGGCCCUGCGGAGCAAGGUGAUAGAGCUGGAGAGAGAGCUGAGGAGGAAGGAUGCUGAGAUCCAGGAGCGCGAGUACCAUCUGAAGGAGCUGCGGGAGCAGCUGUCCAAGCAGACCGUGGCCAUCGCUGAGCUCACGGAGGAGCUCCAGAACAAGUGCGUCCAGCUGAACAAGCUGCAGGAUGUGGUGCUCAUGCAGGGCGGGAGCCCGCCGCAGGCCUCUCCAGAGAAAGUGCCUCUGGGGGUCCAACGGAAGACUUCGGGGUUGGUGUCUCUCCACAGCAGGAGGGGAGCAAAGGCUGGGGUGUCUGCUGAGCCAACCACCCGCACCUAUGACCUCAACAAACCCCCUGAAUUUUCCUUUGAGAAAGCAAGAGUCCGAAAGGACUCCAGUGAGAAGAAGCUCAUUACGGAUGCCCUCAAUAAAAACCAGUUUCUGAAGAGACUGGAUCCGCAGCAGAUCAAAGACAUGGUGGAAUGCAUGUAUGGGCGAAACUACCAGCAAGGGAGUUACAUCAUUAAGCAGGGAGAGCCGGGAAAUCAUAUCUUUGUGCUGGCAGAGGGUCGACUAGAGGUGUUCCAAGGGGAGAAAUUGCUAUCAUCCAUCCCUAUGUGGACCACGUUUGGAGAACUAGCUAUUUUAUACAACUGUACAAGGACUGCCUCCGUGAAAGCCAUUACCAAUGUUAAAACGUGGGCCCUAGAUCGAGAGGUGUUCCAGAAUAUAAUGAGGAGAACAGCCCAAGCUAGAGAUGAACAGUACAGAAAUUUCCUGCGAAGUGUAUCCUUGCUGAAGAAUUUACCUGAAGAUAAGUUAACCAAGAUCAUCGACUGCUUGGAAGUGGAGUACUAUGACAAAGGAGAUUACAUCAUUAGAGAGGGUGAGGAAGGAAGUACCUUUUUCAUUUUGGCCAAAGGAAAGGUUAAAGUUACACAGAGUACAGAGGGCCACGACCAACCACAACUGAUAAAAACCCUGCAGAAAGGUGAAUAUUUUGGAGAAAAAGCUCUUAUCAGCGAUGAUGUCAGGUCAGCUAACAUUAUUGCUGAAGAAAAUGAUGUCGCAUGCCUGGUUAUAGACCGAGAGACAUUCAACCAAACUGUCGGGACAUUCGAAGAACUCCAAAAAUACCUGGAAGGGUAUGUGGCGAACCUGAACCGUGAUGAUGAAAAAAGACAUGCGAAGCGUUCCAUGUCUAACUGGAAGCUGUCCAAAGCACUCUCUCUGGAAAUGAUUCAGCUGAAGGAGAAGGUUAAAGUGAAAAAUGAGAAUGUUGCUUUUGCUAUGAAGUGUAUAAGGAAGAAGCACAUAGUUGACACCAAGCAACAGGAACAUGUCUACUCAGAAAAGAGGAUCCUGGAGGAGUUGUGCUCCCCAUUCAUCGUGAAAUUAUAUCGUACUUUCAAGGACAAUAAAUACGUAUAUAUGCUCCUAGAGGCCUGCCUGGGGGGAGAGCUGUGGAGUAUUCUAAGGGACAGGGGCAGCUUUGAUGAACCCACCUCCAAGUUCUGUGUUGCUUGUGUGACGGAAGCCUUUGAUUACCUGCAUCGACUGGGGAUCAUCUACAGAGAUCUCAAGCCAGAAAACUUAAUUUUAGAUUCCGAGGGUUACCUUAAGUUGGUUGACUUUGGAUUUGCUAAGAAAAUAGGAUCUGGGCAGAAGACAUGGACAUUCUGUGGGACCCCAGAGUACGUAGCCCCUGAAGUCAUUCUCAACAAAGGACACGACUUCAGUGUGGAUUUCUGGUCGCUGGGAAUUCUAGUGUAUGAGCUGCUAACGGGCAACCCACCCUUUUCUGGGAUUGAUCAAAUGAUGACCUACAAUUUAAUUCUCAAAGGAAUUGAAAAAAUGGAUUUUCCUAAAAAGAUAACAAGGCGGCCUGAAGAUUUGAUUCGGAGGCUUUGCAGGCAAAACCCAACAGAAAGGCUGGGAAAUUUGAAGAAUGGAAUCCAUGACAUUAAGAAACACAGGUGGUUAAAUGGUUUUAAUUGGGAGGGACUGAAAGCACGGAGCCUUCCAUCACCUUUACGAAGAGAGCUCAGUGGACCCAUAGAUCACAGCUACUUUGACAAGUAUCCCCCUGAGAAGGGCGUGCCUCCCGAUGAACUGUCGGGCUGGGACAGAGACUUCUGACAGAAGAGAAGAUGAUUCCCGCCGUACACUGCAGACGGGGACUAUGGGAUCAGUACUCCAACCCUGAUUAGUUUUCUCUUCAGAGUAUUAUAAUAUCUUGUGGAAGACCAUUAGGGAAAGAAAUGUCUGCACGGGGGCCGGAGGAUGGUGUGGACGUGGUCCCGAACCCUAAUAUCUCAUUAGAUGCCGUGACUCAUCCAUACGUUUCAUUCUUUGUUUUUCUCGAAUGUUGAAGUCUGUCCCAUGUCCCUUUCCACAUUCAGAACCAUUUUU